CUGUGAGGUGAAAGGUUGUUGCUGUCGUCAAAUCUGCUCAAAGGACUGGACUCUUGAGGCAGAGCAGGACAUAUUUGGAAAGGGUACUGAUGAGAGGAAAUAGGCAGCAGGCACAGGCAGGGCUAGCAGACGGUGCAAUGGCAGGAUGCUGAUUUACCACAGCAGGCUUCAUCUUUGGAACCUCCCAGAACCUGUAUAUACCUAGGCCAAAGCUAUAGCCAACGUUAUGACGACAACCAUUUUUUCGACUGACGACGAUCAUUGCGUGCGGCAGACAAGAUAGCAAAACGUCUGAAUGAAUGUACACGUAGUUUAAUCAUAGAAAUAGCAUGUAAAUAGCGCCUUUGGUGCAUUUGGACGAACCUUGAAGUUGGAUGCGCGCCGAUGAUUCAUUUACCGGUGGUCGAUUUGCGGUGUAACAGCUUCAGAAUUUUCGCCGAAAAGACGCGUCUCUCACCUCAUUUGCAAGGAUAUGUCGGCUCAGUCCCAUCAUCAAUAACCAAGCAGACGAUAGGCAUAAACAAUGGCGGGUCCAGAGCAGUCCAAGCAGCAGCAGGUAGAGGAUAAAGCUGAGCACAUAGAUGAUGCUGAGCUCGCUCUUCAGGGUAUCAACAUGCUUCUCAACAACGGAUUCAAGGAGAGCGACGAGCUUUUCAGAAAAUACAGGACUCACAGUCCGCUGAUGAGCUUUGGGGCCAGUUUUGUCAGCUUCCUGAAUGCCAUGAUGACCUUUGAGGAGGAGAAGAUGCAGACGGCGUGUGACGACCUGAGGACCACGGAGAAGCUGUGUGAGAGUGACAACGUUGGAGUCAUAGAGACAAUCAGGAACAAGAUCAAGAAGAGUUUGGAGUCCCAGAGGUCAGGGGUCGUGGUUGUGGACCGUCUGCAGCGACAGAUCAUUGUGGCCGACUGCCAGGUCUACCUCGCUGUGCUCUCCUUCGUCAAGCAGGAGCUCUCAUCGUACAUCAAAGGAGGCUGGAUCCUCCGUAAGGCCUGGAAGAUGUACAAUAAGUGCCACAGUGACAUCAGUCAGCUGCAGGAGACCUGUGUGAGGCGCUGUUCCUCCCAGGAGGAGGACCUGUCCUCAGACCAGGCCAACCACAACACCCCAGUGGAGGGUGCUGUGACUGCAGAGGCCCUGGACCGACUCAAGGGCUCCGUCAGCUUCGGCUACGGCCUUUUCCAUCUCUGUAUCUCCAUGGUACCACCACACCUGCUCAAGAUCAUCAACCUGCUGGGUUUCCCUGGCGAUCGUCUCCAGGGUCUGUCCUCCCUCAUCUAUGCCAGUGAGAGUAAGGACAUGAAGGCCCCGCUAGCUACAUUGGCCCUCCUGUGGUACCACACGGUAGUGCUGCCUUUCUUUGCUCUGGAUGGUUCUGCCACUCAGGCAGGCCUGGAGGAAGCCAAGGCCAUUCUGCAGAGGAAGGCUGUGGUCUACCCCAAUUCCUCCCUCUUCAUGUUCUUUAAAGGACGGGUUCAGAGGUUAGAGUGCCAAAUUAACAGUGCUCUGGUGUCCUUCCAUGAUGCACUAGAGCUCGCAUCAGACCAAAGAGAGAUUCAGCACGUGUGUCUCUAUGAAAUCGGCUGGUGCAGUAUGAUCGAGAUGAACUUUGAGGAUGCGUUCAGGUCGUUUGAGAGGCUGAAGAAUGAGUCCCGGUGGUCACAGUGUUACUAUGCCUACCUGACUGGAGUAUGUCAGGGAGCUGCAGGGGACUUGGAUGGUGCCAAGGAUGUCUUCAAAGAUGUCCAGAAACUGUUCAAGAGGAAGAACAAUCAGAUUGAGCAGUUUGCCCUCAAGCGGGCAGAGAGACUGAGGAAGAUGUCUCCCACCAGAGAGCUGUGCAUUCUGGGAGUCAUAGAGGUGCUUUACCUGUGGAAGGCUCUGCCCAACUGCUCCUCCUCCAAACUGCAGCUCAUGAAUCAGUUGUUACAGAGUGUGGAUGACGGAUCGUGCAGAGGUCUGAAAAACCUCCUUCUCGGUUCCAUCCACAAAUGUCAUGGAAAUAAUAAAGAUGCUAUCCAGUCGUUCCAGCUGGCUGCCAGAGAUGUGUUUGGUCGACAAACCAACUCUUAUGUGCAGCCAUACUCCUGCUAUGAGCUUGGAUGUGUCCUGCUCGCCCAGCCAGAGACGGUGGGAAAAGGGAGAGCAUUUCUGCUUCAGGCAAAGGAGGAUUAUGCAGGCUAUGACUUUGAGAACAGACUUCACGUGCGCAUCCACUCAGCCAUGGCCUCGCUGAAGGAAGUGGUACCUCAAUGACCCUGCCCACCACUGAAGGAAUAAUGAUGAUGCAACGACUCAGUCUCCAGCUGUGCACUUGACGAUACGGGAAGCAUGGCUUUUAUUAUACGGGGAAAGCCAUUCAAAACAACAGUAUGACACUCAUCAGACAAAAUCAUUUUUUCCCCCUUUUCUGAUCGAUGUUUUACACAUCCAAAUACAAUAAACCAACAAUUUCAUAGUCAAUACCAUUUUUUUCUUAAUGUACUGGAGGGUUUUAGCCCUGCAAACCUUCCUUCCAUUCUGUGGACCAUACAUAACGUUACAUAGGAUACAAGUAACUUCUUGAAGAGGCACACCUUAUUCUCAUUUCAGGUUUUCUUGACCACAGGUAGUAACAGUACAGUUAACAAUAAGUAACCUUGUAUUUUAUGUUCUUGUCAUAUUCUUGGGAAGACAUGUACAAGAGACGUUUGAGUAUAACCUAUAAUCAAGUGGUCAAAUGGUUAUUUGCCAAGUUUUUGUCUUUGUGUUUGCCUCAUGUGACAAGGCAAGACAAAGGUUAUUGAUUGUAUUAGUUGUUGCUGCUGCUGUAGUACCCUCUUAUUGACCAAUAUCCAUACAGUUAUCGCCUCUGGUUUUUCAGAAAUUAGUCCUUUAUUAAAUGGCCCUACUUUGCUUGUCAUGAUGCCAACAAACAUUUUGAUAAAUAUAUCAUUUUUCUGCAUUGAGAAAGUGUUAGUGAAAUCUCAUGGUGACAACAACCCCAAAAAUUAUGGGACAAGAACUUAGUGGCCUGCUACCUUGCAGUAUUGUAUUACGCAGUGUGCCAUACAUAGUGUACCAUACCAUGCAGUGAAAACUAGUAAUAUUAGCAUCAGGUACCUUGAAUUCUGAAUAGUAUGAAAUUGCUUUUACAUUCUGACAUUCACAUAUUAGCUUACAAGUAACAUGCACAGAUAAAAUGUAUUGUGACAUUUUUGCACAAUGCAAUAUCCAAACAAUGUUAUAGAUUAUUUAUUUUAGUUUACAAGCAGUGGGCAUUGAUCUGCACUAUGCAUGCAAUGGCAGGGGUAUUAUUAGUGACCCAAGGACCUGAAAGCUUAUUUUCUACCGCUGUGUACUAUGAAUCAGAAAGUUUUUUUCCUGAGAUACUUUGGAUGACAACAGAACACAUUUAUAUUCAUAUUUACUCUGGUUUUUAACAAAAUCCAACAAGGUCCUUAUUAACUACAGGCAUUGUAAUAAUCAUGGUAGGUUUUAGGUUACUAUACAAACUGGACAUUAACGUUUGAUAUUCUGUCGUUUUAGUUUGAUCAGGCUUUUCUAUCAGGCAUCACUGAUGACGAGUGAAACAUUCAAGACAGUAAAAAACUAAAUUGAAAAUGCAGGGCAUUGUAUCACUCUUUUCAUAAUCACUCUGAGGUAUGGUCACCAAGCAAUAAAAAGCAUGCAAGAAGAGUGCUAACUUUACACUGGAGGUUUGAUAAGCUGUCACAAACUUUGUUUACAUUUGUUUUUGUCCCACUUCAAAGGAAUAACAAAGGCUUAACUACUUGUACAAGCACUACAUAGCACACAUCAUUAAUUAGAAAAUUCAUACUACAUGAAGGGUGACAUAAACAGUCUUUAAUUCAUACUACAUGAAGGGUGAUAUAAACAGUCUUUAAUUCAUACUACAUGAAGGGUGAUAUAAACAGUCUUUAAUUCAUACUACAUGAAGGGUGAUAUAAACAGUCUUUAAUUCAUACUACAUGAAGGGUGAUAUAAACAGUCUUUAAUUCAUACUACAUGAAGGGUGAUAUAAAUGGUAUUUAAUUCAUACUACAUGAAGGGUGAUAUAAAUGGUAUUUAAUUCAUACUACAUGAAGGGUGAUAUAAAUUGUAUUUAAUUCAUACUACAUGAAGGGUGAUAUAAAUGGUAUUUACAUCUGGUGCUUGCUAAAUUAGGAAUAACUAUUUUCCACCCUUCAUAUAAAAUGGCAUAUUCUUAUGAAUGAUUUCUUAAGCAUCUAUAUAGAUAGGCCUUGAAGGCUUCAAAAUGCUAUGUUUCAUUUAAAGUGGGACUCUUUUUUUCAUGUUCAAGGAUGGGUAUGAACACUUUUCUUUAUCUAUACUAAAGUCAGUCAGUGACCUCCCAUCUUCUCCUGUGAUUGUGUAAAGGGAUGUAAGAUGUCGUGUGAUGUAAAAGUGUUGACUACUGAGUGUUACCAUUAAGUGCUGGUAUAAAGUAAGUCCACAGCUGUAAGAGCAAAGUAUCUUAUAAUGACAUGUAAUGAUAUGAGCGAAAUUCAUUAUAUGUAUACCAAAAAAACGGGAAAUUGCUGUCUUAGAAAUGUGCUCUAUCCACUUUGUUGUGAGGUUGAAGAGGAUGAUGUGGAGAUUGUUCAAUUGUAACAGAGUGGUCCUGUGUGGUGUCUAAAGAGAUCUACAAACUGUUCAAUAAAGGGUUGUCAAUUAA